AUGUAUAUCACUCUCUACUUCAUCGUCACCCGCCUCCCUGACUCUCUUCGCGCAGUUAGGGACCUCCUUCUCGCCCUUGACCCCACAGAACUCACUGUUGACCUGCUCGAGAAGCACCUCCUUGCAGUUGAGACUAGCAUAGUCGCUGUAGGUGCUUCUCAUGACACUCUUCGCACUCCCUUCUUUGAGGGGUGUUCCCCCUCCCCCCUUGCCCCCUCUGUCGCUUCUGCUGCUGCUGUUGACUUCCUUCGUGCUGAGGAGGUCAGGGCUGCGUCUACUCCUAGUGGGAGGCGCUGCAGCGGCAAGGGCAAGGGAGGCAAAAAAGGCGAGGGUGGCGGCGGUGGAGGCGGUGGUAGAGGCGGUGGAGGCGGCAGAGGUGGCGGUGGUGGUGGUGGGAGUGGUGGUGGGAGUGAAGGCGUCAGUGGCGGUGGUGGUGGUAGCGGUGGGAGUGGUGGCAGUGGAGGUGGCGGAAGUGGGAGUUGUGGCGGCGGCAGUGGUGGCGGUCGGUGUGGAGCCGUCCACAGGGGAGGUUUUGGAGGGGUGGCGGACGUGGCGGUGGAGGGGGCGGUGGUGGAGGCGGCAAGGGCGGUGGAGGUGGUGGCGGUGGUCGUGGGGGUGGAGGUAGUGGUGGGGACGGUGGUGGUGCCGGGUGGGGGCGGUGGCGGUGGCAGCGGCGGGGGUGGCGGAGGGGGGAGUGGUGGUGGCGGCAGUGGUGGGGGCUUGGGUGAGGCCGGUGGUGGCCAGGGACAGCAGCAGCAGUAG